GGGGUCUUCAGUGAACGAAUUUCCGGCACCAAGUCCUGAUUUCGGUUGAUGUCCCAUAACGUAACAAAUGCGCCACGGCUUGCAAUCAGGGUUUUGUUGGAAGAAGGAUGUGCAUACAAGAUAUCCUGUCAACGUGACCGGAAGUAUGGUUUUCAGCCGUCCGAUUUUUCAUAAUAUAGCGGUGUUAUGGGAUUACUACCGGCCUUGGGCUUUGGCCAUACCCACGCCAGACAUUUCAAUAGCUCCACGCCGGAAUUGUGUACAGAUACCUGCGGUUAUGCCAGUAUCUCGCUGAUCUUGAUUUUGGUGGCUGUUGAUACGCAUAAUGAGAUUCUCGUCUGCGAUUAUGCCGUGGAAACGUGGCAUCCCAACAUCGACUAUCAACUACCAAAUAAUUGUGAAAAUAUUUUUGUUUGGUCUGUGCCUUGCCUUCGCGCUCGCCAAAAAUGAUUCGGGAGCAGAAAGUAAUCAGAUCAAGAGCGCGGAUGAACGAUCUGAUCCGGAAGACUCGAAGGCGGCCGAACCUCCACCUGCACAAGCAAUGGAAAAUCCUCCUGGAGAAGUGAAAGCGGAAGAUUCAUUCCUUGAUAAAUAUUUUCUAAAACGAGAACAAGUGGAUCAUGGCUUUGUCCACGCAUUCCUCGCAUCUUUGUCUGUGAUCAUUGUGUCCGAAAUAGCGGAUAAGACGUUUUUCAUCGCAGCUAUUAUGGCUAUGCGCCAUUCCAGGGUUACUGUGUUUUCUGGAGCUAUUACGGCAUUGGCCAUUAUGACAAUCCUUUCAGUAUUCUUGGGAUAUGCGACUACAAUUAUUCCCCGCCUAUACACGUUCUACAUUUCAACGGCAUUAUUUGCGAUUUUUGGAUUGCGGAUGCUCAGAGAAGGAUACUAUAUGUCCAAAGAUGAAGGUCAGGAAGAAAUGGAGGAAGUGCAAGCUGAUUUGAAACGACGCGAAGAGGAAUUUGAACGGAAGAUGCAACAGUCGUCAGUAUCCGACGUGGAAGCCGGUCAUGGUCGCUCGCUUGCCUUUCGGAAAACCCGAAUUGCUAUGCAGUCACAUGUAUUCGUCGAGGCUUUGACGUUGACAUUUUUGGCGGAAUGGGGAGACCGUUCCCAGCUAGCAACAAUCAUUCUUGGAGCACGGGAGGAUGUUACGGGCGUGACAGUCGGUGGAAUCCUUGGCCAUUCAAUUUGUACGGCUAUGGCUGUGAUAGGCGGUCGUUUUAUUGCCACGAAGAUAUCGCCUCGGACAGUGACCAUUGUCGGAGGCUUCGUCUUUCUUUUAUUUGCGGUAUCGGCGCUGAUAAUGGGUCCGGGAUCGGAAACUGCGGUAUAAUUUAUUUUACUUCACUGAUACUCAUUGCGUCCUAAUCUCCGCAAAAUACAUGCAAGCACAUCCGAUUCAAAAAAGUUUUAUGAAUUUGGAGACUUUUAAAUGGUUUUACAAAUAUUUCCACUGUUUAAUUUUUUCUUGUUCUUGCCUCUGCUGCAGAUAUCGCAGUGAGCGCAUCUUCCGUUGUCUUACCGAUUUUUUCCAUGGAUAUCUUUUAAGAAUAGCGAACCGCUUAACAAUUACUACUGUAGUACAUAAAUCGAAUGCGACUGA